GGGCGGAAAAUGUUUAGAGCAAAGUCUAAAGACACGCCUAGGCCUAACUGCACUCAUAGGAGCUGGGGUUGGCAAGAGCUACAUCCUCAGUACAUCCUUGUCGAAGAGGCACGACACUUUUAGAGAACUAUGGCGAAAUCUAUUAAGGAUCACCUGCAAGAUAUUUUUGAUGAUCUUGGGGCGGGAGAUCAAAGAAAGUUUAAAAGCAAAUUGUGCGACCGGAAGACAGAGCCGCGCAUUCGAAGAGCUGCAGUCGAAAAGGUUGAAGAUUCUAUAGAUCUCGCCGGUUUGAUGGUGACCACUUUUACGGAGUCUGGUGCUGUUCCUGUAACAAUCGAGAUUUUGCAGGCUAUUGGUUGUAAUGAACAAGCAGAGGAGCUCAUCACUAUCACAGGAAAAUCUACACACGUUUCUCCAACAGCGCCAAAGGUUUCUUUACCAGCCACAGGCCCAAGCGCUCCAUCUACUGAGCACUUCAUUGAUAAGAAUCGGACGAAGCUGAUAAGCAGAGUGCAUAAUGUAGACUGCAUCCUAGAUGAACUUCUUCAGAUGAAAAUCAUCACAGAAGAGGAUAACGAAACCAUCCAAGCUGAGAAAACCUCACAAAAGAAGAUGAGAAAUUUAUUAAUGGGCCCGAUUAAAUCUGCAGGCACUAAAGGGAAAGAUGCCUUAUACAGUGCUCUCAAAGAAAUUGAGCCUUGCUUGAUGGAAGACCUGGAGAGUCAGUGAAAAGCCAUUUAAGAGUUUCUAAUUGCUUGUUUAAUUGGUUUACAGGAUACAUGACAAAAGCAAGAAAUUUCCUUUUUUUAAUAACAGGAAACAAAUGUUGUUUAAACAUUUUAACUCGCCAUCAUUUGAAUGUUGUUUCCCCUACCUUUUUUCUUCCAAAAGGACAAACUGUGACCAAAUCAGGUGCAUCCAAAAUCUUGCUUGCCAACUGAAGAUAAUAAACACUUCAAAUAUCUUGAAAA